AGAAGAAGAAAAAAGAGAGCAGCUGAAAGAAAAGGUCCAAGACGCCAAAACCAGCACAUCUAGGACCGGGGGCUGGACACAACAAGCAGAACCAGCGCCCGGAGAGCGCUUUCUACAGAGCAGAAAGGGCCGAGUCCACCAUGUCAGACUCCAUCAGAAGAAGGAGCUCCAGCAGACAGAUGCUGCAGAACCUGAUCAGGGUCACGGCCCAGCGGAGUCGGGAGGAUGCUGAGGAGGCGGAGCGGGAGCGACGGAGGCGGGCGAGGGAGAGGCCGAGGGACGAGGAGAGCUCCCCUGAAGCCCCCGAACGCAGCGAGCUGCCACGCGACACAGCGUUUGAUGAUGAUGUGAAGCCCUGCUCUUUGCUGGUCCUGGAGGAAGACGAGGGCUUCAGCGACUGGAGUCACCGUCACGAGCAGGAGGUGCCGGCUCGGUGCAGGGUCACGGAGCAGAGACCUGCAGAACCACAGUGGAAACCAGAGCUUGCAGAGAAGGAACGUCAGGAGGAGGAUGAGCAGGAGGGACAGGAGCCGUCACAAAAACCCACAGAGGAGGCGUCCACUGUCAGAAAGGGAGUCACAGCGUCGUUCAGCUCGUCCGUCUUCCUGCCGCAGGACAGCAGGACGUCCUACCUGGUGGCAGGGACCAUGAGUCCGGGCUGUGUGACACAGAGUCAACAAUCAAUUGACCCCAUUCGCCACCACAGUGGACGGGCCUGCAGAGAGGAGGAGCAGGAGGAGCAGGAGGAGCAGGAGGAGCAGGAGGAGACGAAGGCCGCGCAGAUUCCUGAAGAGGAGGAGGAUCCAAAACACAGCUUCACACACAAACAGGCGGACGUCUGUCUCAAGAGGGAGACGGAGAGAGAGGAGGAAUCCAUGAUGCGAUCAACGGAAAACGGAGGCGGGAGGACUGAGGACAGCGAAGCAUCUGCAGCUCCUGUGCUCGGCAGCAGCUAUGGCCCCAUGAGCCCAACAUUCAAGAAACUCCUCAUCCAGUUUUACCCAGAUGAAGUGAACAGCAGAGUCUCAGAGAAAUGCACGAUCAUGGAGAGAACCGAGUCUCUGAGGAGAAGCACCAACAGUCCGAAGAAGACGCCUCCACCUGUGGCUGUCGCCAAGAUCGACAAGAAGCUGGAGCAGUACACACAAGCCCUGGAGGUCUCCACUAAGGAGGGAAGGUCCGGCUGCCCGGCGCUCACGGACCUGACGGGCCCCGCUGAGCCCGUCGCCUUCAAGAAGAACCUGUUUGAGGCCAGAGACGCUGCGAACCAAAACGUCUCAGCUUCAUCCUUCAAGGAGGCAGACGGUUUGAAAGUGGCCGUGGCCGAUCUCAUCAAUCAGUGGGUGAGAGGAGGUGAAGAUGGGAGCGGGUGCUGCAACCCCAAAGCAGCAGCAAGCGCUAGGGACAGCUCCACUGCUAAGAAGUACAGGUUCGUGGUGACGGGUCACAGCAAGUAUGAGAAGGUUUCUGUCGACGGCUGUGAGGACGCGAGCUGUCAGGCAGCUGGACUGUUCUGAGGAUUUGUGAAACGCUGUAGAAGCUUGGAACGUUUGAUGCGGCACAUUUAUAUUGUUGUUGUUUUUUCUAUUUCCAUUUUUUUCAUGUGGGAAACUAUUUUAACAGUAACCACAGGAGGAAGUGAUUGUGCUUUAUUUUGUGAGUAAAAUCUGCAGCUUUACUCCAGCAGUAGAUUUUGUUAAAAAAAAUAAAUUUAAAUGCUUGGU